AUUUCUAGCAAGCUGUUUGUUUUGGUAACAUUUUGGGCGUUUUAUACUUUUUCACCCUAGGCAGGUAUUAUUUAUUGUGGCCUAUACUGCCUAUGUAAUGCACCCAACUGGUAUCCAGAAGGAUAUAAAGAACACUAAAAGCUGCACUGUGUGGUCUCUGUUUAAGCUCUAAGCAGAAAAAUGGUAUCCAAGCAGGCUUUCCUCUUCAGCCUUGGUUCGCUCUACCUCUCCCUCCUCUUUGUGUUUCUCCUUAUGGAUGUUUAUGCCAGGCCUGCAAACAAUUCUGCUCUCAAGGUAGAAGGAAAAGAAAAGGCCACAGACAAUAAAGAUGAAAAUGAAAUUAUGCCCCCGGACCAUCUGAAUGGAGUAAAGAUGGAAAUGGAUGGUCACCUCAACAAGGAGUUCCACCAAGAGGUUUUCCUCGGUAAAGAAAUAGAAGAAUUUGAUGAAGAUUCUGAACCCCGAAGGAACAGAAGGAAACUGGCAGCUAUUUUUGCCAAAGUGGAUAGAAAUGAGGACAAGCAGAUUAGUGCAAAUGAGAUGCAGCGGUGGAUCAUGGAGAAAACCGAAGAGCAUUUUCAAGAGGCAGUGAAUGAGAAUAAGCUUCACUUCCGUGCUGUGGAUCCAGAUGGUGACGGGCAUGUGUCGUGGGAUGAAUACAAGAUAAAGUUUUUAGCCAGUAAGGGAUUCAAUGAGAAAGAGGUGGCAGAAAAACUGAAGAAUAAUGAGGAUUUGAAGAUUGACGAAGAGACACAAGAGGUACUGGAUAACUUGAAGGAUCGUUGGUUCCAAGCAGACAAUCCCCCUGCAGACCAGCUCCUGAAUGAAGAGGAGUUUCUGUCCUUCCUGCACCCUGAGCACAGUCAAGGCAUGCUUAAAUUUAUGGUGAAGGAGAUUAUACGCGACCUAGAUCAGGAUGGUGAUAAGAAGCUGACUUUGUCUGAGUUUAUCUCUCUUCCUGUGGGUACUGUUGAAAACCAGCAGGCUCAGGAUAUCGAUGAUGACUGGGUACGGGAUAGGAAAAAGGAAUAUGAAGAAGUUAUUGAUGCUAACCAUGAUGGUAUUGUCACAAUGGAGGAGCUAGAGGAAUACAUGGAUCCUAUGAAUGAAUACAACGCUCUCAAUGAAGCCAAGCAGAUGAUUGCAGUCGCUGAUGAAAAUCAGGAUCAUCAUUUGAGUUUAGAAGAAAUUCUGAAGUACAGCGAGUAUUUCACAGGCAGCAAACUUAUGGAUUAUGCCCGCAAUGUUCAUGAAGAAUUCUGAGUCUCACGUCCAAAAUUUCAUCCAUACGGCACCUCUCUACAUAGUCUACAGCAGUGUCAGUUAUUAUGAACUGAUCUCUCUUGCAUUGGAAUGAGAAGAGGCGCUUCUACCAGUUACUGCUGCUAAUUUACCUGUGUAUUCGUAGUGUGCGUUAUUGUGUGGGGCUUCUGCCUUCCCCACCAAGAGCUACAUUCAUUGCAGGAUAUGUACAGAAAUACUUGCUUUUAUUCACUUAUAUACAUAUAUAUAUUUUUACAUCAACCAUUAGUGUAAUGACCCUGCUAUUCAGUCAUAUCUAUAAAGCAGGUCCUUGGUGCAAAAAGACUUAAGCCACAAAGCGCCGUGCAUACAAUAGGUGUUAUUAGCAAGGUUAUAGCUGCUUCUUAAGGGGGGAAGGGUUAAACAUUGGCAUUCUGGCCUCUUGGCAUUUAUAUGCAUCUGGGUUUCAUGCUGUGGUUGGAGUCAUGGUGUCAUGCUAUAUUUUAUAGAAGGCCAGUAGAAGAUAAUGGCAUUCAUUCAUAUCAACAAAAGCCGCCUUUAAUUUGUGUAUAAAUCUUUCUUUGUGGUGAGGGGACAACAAAAAAGUUUCCAAGGGAAAAAAUUUGUCUAUUUCUUGUUUCCUCUUUUGCUUCCUGAAUUCUGCAGCAGUGUUACUUUCCAGGCAGUGUACAUUUGUUAGGCAGUCCCAGUUUGCAUCACUUGGAUUAUACAGGGUAAACCCCUAAGGGAUGUUCCACUACUGACUCUGACUCUCGAGGCUCUGAGCGACCGUAUGUCUCUGCUGCAGGGAUUCUCUAGCCUGUCUCCUUACUUAUCAGAGGCACCACCCAGGCUUCAUCUCUUUGAAACCUUACUACCAAAACUAGAAUUUCACAUACAGGUUUCUGCUAUAAAGAGACCAGCUGGACUGCAGUACUUUGAAUAGGCAGCUACUGCCAUUUAGGGAAAGCACAGAGGCCACUCAGUCUGACAGUAGUGUGAUACAAUAUCUGCCUAUCAGGGAUGUCCAGUGUCAGUGCAACAGGAUAGGAACCCUCAGGAAUAAGACUGAGAGCAGGUUGAAAAGAUCAGAAUAAUAUCCCCAAAUGAACAAGCUGGGCAUAAGCUUGGCAACAAUUGUUUUUGCUGUUAUUUUUUUAUAAUUGUUGUAAUAUAUAAUUUCUAUGCAUAAAUAUUAUAUGUAAGAUUAUGGAUUAACUGGUAUAACAUGCUUAACUUAAAUCCUUACCAUGCUUUGUGUCUGGAAUCUGCUUGUAAAUAAACUUAAAUUAUACUGAAA